CGCAGUGACAAGUCUCUGUGCGUGCUACGUGUGGCCUUUGUGCGGGGCGUGUGUAGCCCGCGCGGGUAUAUGGACGACUGGUAUAUAGUAAUCGUCACGGCAUCGUAUCUUUGUAUCAACAGUCCACAGAACACAAGACUGAUGAGCCGUAUCUCCGGACCGAUGGUGUGUGAUGGAAUUCAGGAAUAACUCAAUUGCUUCUGUUCAACGCGUCGCUUUCAAACAUUUCAUCCGGCGCAUAUCACUACGAAAGGAGUUUGAUGCUUCAUCAUUUGUACGGUAUACAUACGAAAUUUCUGCCUCGGUGGGUUCAUUCGCAGCCCCAGGCCACUGUUUUGUUCUUCAACCUACUGGUGUACAGCGAGUGAAAAUGUUGUCGCGUCAAUUGAAACUUUCUGCCUCGGAGGGUUCAUUCGCAGCGCCAGGCCUCUGUUUUGUUCUUCACCCUACCGGUGUACAGCCAGGGAAAAUAUUGGUACAAUUUCGGUGGGAAUUAAAACAAUAAGCGUGUCGAGCUCCGAAUCAAUAUGGAACCAAGGACGGCGAACGAGAAGACGUACAAAAGUAGGAAAAGAUAUUGGCAAAAUAUUGAUGCUUAUACAAAACUAUUUAUGGAUACGUGCAAGAGAUUACCGAAAGAGGCCGAUUAUGCGCAAUACAAACUUAUACCGACGGUUGAGGAUGGAGAGCGGCGGCGGCGGCGGCAGCGAAAUGACGCAUCGUCGAGUGCAGAGACAAGACGAGAAACCGCCAAUGACGACGAAGCGGAGCAAUAUGAGCAAUGCCAUGCCGUCAGCGGUGAAUCGUCGAGUCGUAACAGCAACACCGACGAUGAUUCCGCGAGUAGUAUGAAUGACGAAGGUGUAAGAUCCGUAGUCUGGAUUGGGUAUACCCGGAUAUCGCAAUCGAAUUUCGGACGGACGAUGAAAUUCGUAAUGAUAUGGAAACAGCAAUGAUGGGCAAGCACAGGGUACGGGGAUUCAUUGGUAAUAGUAUCGCGAGAUACAUUCCUGAAUUCAGUCUUCGUGAUGGGGUCGUCAUUGAUUCCAUGCACAACAUGUGGCUCGGGGUAGGAAAGAAGUUGACGCAAUUGUUGCUCAAUGCGAAGGCGAGUGAUUCGUGGUACUUUCGCAGUAAAGAGAGUCUGGAAAGGCUUAUAAACCAGUGACUGACGAAAAUACGUACGCCAAGCAGAAUAGCGAGAAAACCACGUGGCGUUGAUAACUGUAACGUAUGGAAGGCGAAUGAAUGGCGGAAUUGGAUUAUUUACUAUUGUGUACCGAUUCUGAAAGAUAUUAUCCGUGACGAAUAUUUACAAUUGUUUUGCCACCUAUCGGAAGUGGCGCAUAUUCUAUAUAACGAAUGUAUUAAUAUGCAACAGAUUCGAAGGGCUCGAUGGCUCAUAGAUUUUUUCGUUGAAGACUACCAACGAUUAAUGGGACUUGAGAAUAUGACGUUUAAUUUGCACAUACUCAGACACGUUCCCGAUUGCGUAAAGAAUUGGGGCCCUAUGUGGACUCACACAUCCUUUAUAUACGAGAGUUAUAACCGACAAAUUUUGCUUUCCUUGAAAAGCCCGAACAGUCGCCAAACUCAAAUAAUGAAUUAUUAUGUACUCAACGAUUACAUGCGAAACAUAAAAAACGAAGCGAACUUGGACCGUGAGGUUCAAGAAAUGAUGAACGAAUUCUUGAAUAUGGGUUUGAAAAAUAAAAAUUCGCUUUACGACAAGUAUGGGAAUAACGCCGAUUUCGAAGGCUUAGGCUAUCGUGUCGCUCGCGAACCUACCGCUGAGGAAGUUACCCUUUUGCAAAACCAAAACGAAAGGUGCAACGGCCAAUUGAAUGUUUAUAAGAAAGCGAAUAUUAGAGGCGUAGCUUACGCCAGCGACCAAGGUGAUACAGGUAACGCGAAAAGUUGCGACAAAUACAUAUUCACGAAAGGCGAUCUUUUUGCUAAAAUUGACGCAAUUGUUAGCUUCGAGAAUGAUGAAAAUACGACGGUAUAUGAGACAUUCGUAACAUAUAUGGAAAGUACCGAUAACUAUUGCGGAGCGGAACACUUACACCGAUUGGUAGAAUCGACGCCGGGUUUUGUCAAAGCUGAACACGUAUUUACACCGGCUAUCAUGAUGGUAGUGGAAAAAGAAAUUUAUGGUGUAAAAAUGACAAACGUUUGGGAAACGGAUUGAAAUUAAACCAUGAAAUGUACAAGGGAGGCGUCGACGGCAAAGCGUGAUAUUUUGUUGUGGAAAAAUAUAAUAUGAUUUACCGUUUGUCGCGUACGUAUCUACCGAUAUUUCUUAUUGUCAAUAAAUCUGAAACGAGUGAACCAUCGCGAGUAUUCAAGUUGCGAAAUUAUUUCAAAUGUAUCGCCGAAAUUCGUUCAUUAUAAAACACUACUUAUUAAAUGUGAAUAAAAGACGUCUUCGGCAAAGCGUGAUAUUUUUUUUAUGGAAAAUUAUACUAUGAUUUACCGUUUGUCGCGUAUAUUAUUUAAUGAUAUUUUUCAUUGGCGAUAAAAAGAAAACUUUUGUAUUAAACUUUGCGCUAUGUCAAACGCCGCUGCAUACGUACGUCAUGUAAAAAGUUUUUAUAUUCAUUUAUAUAUUGCAAAAAUAAGGUUAUUCACCGAUAAGCAAUUUAAUUUAAGGAAUAUGAGAUCUCGAAGGUUUUUCUUUAAAUUUUUAAUACUCUGUUGAUGUAAAAAUAAAAUAUUACCAUCUUU